AUGUCAGUACCAAAAGCGGUAACCCCGAGGUGCACUCGGGCUUACCAUGCGGUGUUGCUCAGGGAGUCCCUGCAGCACUUACCUUGUCCUUCGCUCCCACGAUGUGUCCCCUGCAGCGUCCCCGGCCAUCUCCUCCGGCCGAUGCCGGAAUCCGGCUUCCGUGUUCUGGUCCCUGUGACGUCGGGACGUCGGCGGCAAAUUUAAAAUUUUUAAAAAAAUGUCAUUUUUUUUAAAAUAACUAUUACAUAUGCUUUGUCCUCUGCCCUGCCUGCAUUUUGACUGUUCUUUCUG